CUCGAUUUCAGAUGAAAGCUAGCUUCUGUGAAAAAGGUUGGAUACAAUUAACUAUUAUUUCCCGGUUUAUCUGCGCAAACACUGAAGCAUAGUACCCCCAAAGUCAAAGCAGACUGCGAUUUCCUAAACGGAUAUGUGCCAGCAAAUAUUUAUUUGUGUUAUUCAUUACAAAUAGAUAAAGGUUAGUGCAUGAAAACUUGCUUUGAAAUUAUCAUCCAAAAUAUCAGACAAAAAUCAAGUUAAACAUAAUUGUUACCUUUAACACCGGAAGAACCUUGUUUCUGAAUAUUAUGAAUCGGAAACACAGCAAAUAUGAUUGCAAGAAGUAUAACGAGGCAAAAGACAGGCUCAGACGUUUUUAUAGUGUCAAGAGGUGCAAUGAGAGUACCGAUUUCCCUGUUAUUGAAAGUGCAGCAAGUGAUCAAAGUGUCAUUCAAAAUUUUUUUACAAAAACUAUUUCCAGAUUUAACAUGAAAGGUGUCACCACACUCAAGUUGAGUGAGCUGAAUAUUAGGAAACACUUAGAUCUGCGUGCAAAUCGUAGAUCACCAGAAACAAAAUUUCAAGUUAGGCGAAAAACGUCUUCAUCAGAAAAGUCAAUGUGGCCUCAGGUCAGACGUCGUUUCAGUGAACAGAGUGUAUCACUUCCAGGCGUGCAGAGUGCAUCCUUCCCAAGUAUACGUCUAUUUUACUCAUCCUUUUUUACGAAAAAAGCUAAAUGCGAGAGAUCAGGUGUGAAUUUAGCAAAAGGAAUGUGUACAGUGGGACACAUACUUUUCACAUAUGUUUAUUCACGAAAGCUGCAAGUGCUGAAUGUAAUGGUCAGUGAAGUGAUUACUGACAAUAGUGUUACUAGCAAUGUAACCACAAUCCCUAACAAUAUACGGAAAACUUUGGUUGUGUAUUUACGUCCGAUUCAGCAUGUCGUAGAUUCACUAAGAAGACACGAAAAAAAUACAGUUUCAUAUUUCACACGGUCCUUUCUGACGUCUAAAGACCCAAGCUUUGUUCAGUCUUUCAAAUUCUACGUUUCUUUGGACGAAAUGCAGCGUACUCAAUUAACAUUCACAAUAUUGAGACCAUCAGCUCCAUAUACUCCCAAAGUAUCAUUUCGAAACAUGAGCGAGACUGCACUAAGAAGAAGAAGAAUUUAUUCUAUAUCUGAGCAUUGCAAGUCCAGAGGUUAUGCAAUUCUUCGUGAGAUGAGGUUUAUUGGUGAAGCAUUUUACGAUUUAAAUCAAUGUAAUUGUUCUUCUGAUGUUAAACAAUGUGUUCAGCAGAAGAUUUAUGACUCAUCUGACUUUGCACACAAACUUAAAGUGUAUGAACGACAACCGUAUGACGCUUUCAACAGUGAUGGAUGUACUACUGCGAAUGUGUAAAAGUGGGUAACAUACCGGCAAGUUUAAGUAAUUAGUUCAUGCAUUUUCCUUCAAUUGAAUCAAUUCUAUUAUUGCCAUUAAAAACGAAGAAUUUUCUAUCUGCGAUUGAUAAAUAGCAUUUCAGCAAGUGGUUCCAUUGAAAAUCAGCUAUUCAGAUCUUUCUUUUUAUUAGAUAUCCACUCACUUAAUCUCCCGCAAAUACUUAAAUUAUAAAGUCAUAAAAAAAUAUUAUUAUUGAAUUUGACUGACGCACACUAACAGUUUGACAUAUUCUAUUUGACAACAAAUCAUUUUCACAAAUUGUGUAUUCUUAUUUAUAGUUAUAACGAACACUUUGUCUAUUUAUCGCUAAUAGGUUAACUGAAGGUAAUCAAAGUUUGUUAUAGAAUGCACUAGUAAAUUGUUUCUAGAACUACAGCACGACUGUGUAAUAAAAAUUGAAACAGGAAGAGGAAAAGCAAAGAGAAAGUUAAGCUAGCUUAGACCGUACAAAGUGUAUUCUAUCCAAGUACAUCUCCGAACUUUAUCCUAUUUUGAUGUCUGAAGGUCGAUAUCUCGAUUUAUGAAUUUCUGGUUAGCUGUUAUCAAUUUGCUUCAACAGAGUCUACCUUAAAAGUUAUUUACAAGAUGAAAUAAAACGUGCCAUAAUGAACAAGAACUUGCCACUCGAAAGGGCCAGAAGACUUGGCAAUUCAUAAGUUCAUCUCUGUUUUCAGAAGAUUAAUGUGAAACCUUGGUUUCACCUUGGUCAUAUUCUGUGUGUGUGAGCUCUUUAAUUUUAUUGUUAUUUGUUAAUAUAAUUGUUUCAUCCUCUUCUAACUUGCUAUGCAAUUGUUAAUUUCACUUUCCUAACUACUGUUCCACUGUGGUUAAGUUUUAUCCUUAUAUUACUGUUUCACUUUUCCUACCUCUUCAAAUACUUUCUAGGUUAUUUCACAGUCUCAUUAUAACGCUGAAAACAGUUUACUAAUAUAUUUUAAAUAGAAUUUUUGAUAAUAUUGUGUUGCCU